CACCGAGCUCAAGGCCUUUCCUGGACUUCCUGCCUAGCGGUGAUAGCGGAGAGCAGAAGGGAAGGUCUUAUCAUAACAGACGAAAAACAACAUUUAGUCAAACUUAUGAUUAGAUCACCCCCGAUCGCAUAAUUCUGUUCAUUUGAGAAACCUGAUACUUGGAAAUAAAAUGAUCCGAUUCAUCCUGAUCCAGAACCGAGCAGGGAAGACCCGCCUGGCCAAGUGGUACAUGCAGUUUGACGACGACGAGAAGCAGAAGCUGAUCGAGGAGGUGCACGCCGUGGUGACCGUGCGGGACGCCAAGCACACCAACUUCGUGGAGUUCAGGAAUUUCAAGAUCAUCUACCGACGUUACGCUGGCCUGUACUUCUGCAUCUGUGUGGACGUGACGGACAACAACCUGGCCUACCUGGAGGCUAUUCACAACUUCGUGGAGGUUCUGAAUGAGUAUUUCCACAAUGUCUGUGAGUUAGACCUGGUGUUUAACUUUUACAAGGUCUACACAGUGGUGGAUGAGAUGUUCCUGGCAGGGGAGAUCAGGGAAACAAGUCAGACCAAGGUUCUCAAACAGCUGCUGAUGCUGCAGUCGCUGGAGUAGGACCUGCUGAGACGACCCACCCAUUGGACACGCCCAUCCAGGCCCCUCCCAUUCCAUCCCCACCCAUCGAUAGACCACACCCCCACUGUCUCCCUCCCUCUCUGUGAAACCGCUGUGUCAGAUACAGCACUUUCCAGAUCUCGACUUUUAAUGGUACCUGGUAGUGAAACAACAGCAAAGAAGCAUUUCAUCUUACUUCUGCUGCUGGGAUCUGAAAAGUCCAGCUUCACUGCAAUAGGAAAUGGACAUCUGCCAUUGAUUUUUUUCCAGAAAUAGUGGCGAUAGUUUGUUCUAAUCUGAAAAAUAAACACAUGGUUUAAAAUUACCUGUACCUGUUGCACAGUCAGAUAUGACUGUGCAAAUGUUGAUGUUAAGAUAUCCCGUUGCGCAGUUUUCUUAGCCUAUAAGGACCACCUCCUUGCUUUGCCCAGUCUGUGCUGUAGACUGGGGAGCUGCUGUAUCUGACAGCUCAGUGGGCAUCAGUCUGCCUUCAGAGUCCCCCUGCCCGACCUCUCCAGGCCACACCCCUUCCCGCCCCUCUUGCUCCAGACACUACUCUCCGAGGCCCACAGCUGCCUGGACUCUCCGGGAAGCACAGAAGGCUGUACAGUACAGCCCGGCCACUUCCACAUGGUGCAGCCAGGUGGCACUGCUGCUGUCACAGCCCUGUGCUGGAAAGGAGGCAAGGAUGGUCAGGCAGAGAGACGCCAUCACUCCUGACCUUUUCCAGACGGGUGCGGUCUAGAAAUUCAAAUAAAUGUUGCUACUUUACUGCACCUCUUCUGUGUGCCAGGCAGGGGACACUGCAGGUGUAAGAGGCUGAGAAACAAAACAUUCUAGUUGACCUGCCAAGAGCUGAGAUUCCAGAAGCCCAGCGGCUGGUCAGUGGUCUCCUGCCUGACGAGCAGAGCAGCCACAGUGCCCGGCCACGCCUGGCACACGGGUCUACAACAACACAGAGAGGCCCCUGACUCUGAAAGAUACCAGUCGCCAGUCAGUCGGAGUUAAUGGUCGUGUGCUAAUUUUUUUAUUGUUCUUUGUUGUAAUGCUAUGAACUUCUGUUUAUGUAUACUUUUCCAAUUUUCUUGAGUUCUUGUGAGUUUGUGGAAAAAAAUUGUGCUCAAUUCCAACUCGUAAGCAGACCCUUGGUUGUUUUUUUUUUAAUUAAAAAGGUGGCAUUCAGUGGCAAGAACGUUGAUGAAGGUCUCUGUGAGUGGGGGCGAUCCAGCACACUGUAGCUGGCUGUUGCUUAUGCACAGGAGGCUACGGGCUGUUAAUUGCGAAUGUGCAUUAAGGCUCUGUUUUGUUGUGCAAUGGAAGGUUACCGUGCUCGGAGGAAAAUGAAGCUGAGGGUGACAGCUGGGCUGGUGGGUGGAGUCACAUUUUGGGGAUCUAACUCUCAAGCAUGAAAGUAUCUACUGAGGUAUACAUCAUAUUUCUAUAUGAGUCACUGCCAGUCCCUUCCUUGUACUUUAACACCACCUCAGUGCUACAGAGUGUAAACAGAUCUGAGAAUAUAAGGAAAGAGGAGAAACAAGAAAAGGACAGAAAAGCUUUUUUCUGUGAAAACCUGCACCAAAAGGAGCAGUACAGUAAAUAUACCUGUUUUCAAGCAGUACUUCAGUGUGGGAACAGGUUUGAAAUCCCGUCAUCUGGGCACCGCCUGAUGUCCAAGAGCUCGUAGGGCUCAAAGUGCUGGUUCCAUUCCUCAGAUUCAGAGUUCCAUGCCAUGGUUUUAGGAAUAAAUCUUAGUUUCCCCUUCUCAGAACCUCUUCCCAAUUCCAAUACAACCUUUGCACUGUAGACAAAGACAAAGGUGUAGCUGAGCCCGCUGAGAGAAAGAUGUCUAUUCAGACCACGAGAAGAAAUUCACUCUAAUGAUCAAGACCCUGGGAUGAAGGACCUCAAGUGGAACGUAUAGCUUUUAAAUCCGACUCUGGGGCUCGGUAACGAGGUCACUGCUGGUCUUGAACCCAGAGCCACCUUGCUGAGCGUGGAUUGCUGAGAGUCUGAAAGAGGUCUUCAUUUCAGAUGUAGAUUGUGUUUUUGUUUUUUUUAAUUUUGUACCCUGAGAUACAAAUCAAGAUAUAUAGUGCUGUAUCAGUAGAUCCUCAUCCUGCCCAGUUCAUCUGCGUGUGUGAGAUCUGUGCUGUUCAUGUUGUUGUGCCACUGAAGCCUUUGUGUCAACAUAUCUUCCAGAUUCAGUCUUUAUAUGUAUAUACACAUUACUAAAAAUGAAUGAACUCGUGUAAUAAACAGUAAGAAAUAAAAUCGACUUUUCUUAUUAAGUUCUUUUAAA